AUAGCCUUUCAGAGUGUUAAAUAGCUUGGGUGGUGUGCUUUUUGUUUAUCUGAAACCUUUGAAUUUUAAGUUUUUAACUGAGCUUUCCAAUUGUUUGUCACAACUUAUUGUCUUUUUCUUAUCCGUGUGUUUUUUGUUUCAAUUUAAUUGUAAUCAAAAUGAUGAUGAUGCCGAAUAUCACUAAUCCUCUGAAGCCCAUUCAGGUCAUGAAACCGGGUGCUGACGAGGAAAAGGCAGAAGCAGCAAGAAUUAGCUCUUUUGUCGGUGCAAUUACUGUUGGUGAGCUUGUGAAAACCACCUUAGGACCGAAAGGAAUGGAUAAAAUUUUACUAUGUAGCACCAGUAGAACCAACAAGGUCGAAAUUACCAAUGAUGGGGCAACCAUUUUGAAAAGUAUUGGUGUCAAUAAUCCUGCUGCCAAGGUUCUUGUUGAUAUCUCAAAGACCCAAGACGAUGAAGUCGGCGAUGGUACAACAAGUGUCACUGUUUUAGCAUCCGAACUACUUAAAGAGGCUGAACAACUCAUUAACAUGAAAAUCCAUCCCCAAACAAUUAUCAGUGGUUGGAGGAAAUCGGUCGCUGUGGCUCGUAAGGCUUUGGAAGAUGUUGCUGUUGAUGACAGUGCUGAUGAAGAAAAAUUCAACGCACAUCUUUUAAACAUCGCCAGGACCACCCUUAGUUCUAAGAUUCUCUCACAGCACAAAGAGUUUUUCUCUAAACUCGCCCUUGAUGCUAUUCUCAAGCUAAAAGGAUCUGGUAACCUUGAUGCAAUUCAAAUCAUUAAGAAGCCCGGUGGUACUUUAACCGAUUCAUUCUUGGAUGAAGGAUUUCUCUUGGAUAAAAAGCCUGGUGUUAAUCAACCCAAAAGAAUUGAAAAGGCUAAAAUUUUGAUUUCAAAUACUCCCAUGGACACCGAUAAAAUCAAAGUAUUUGGCUCUCGAGUUAAAGUGGACUCUAUAGCCAAAGUGGCUGAACUUGAAUUGGCUGAAAAAGAAAAGAUGAAAGAUAAAGUUGAUCAGAUUCUAGCUCAUAACAUCAAUGUUUUCGUUAAUCGUCAAUUAAUCUACAAUUAUCCUGAACAACUGUUUGCUGAUGCUGGUGUGAUGGCCAUCGAGCAUGCUGAUUUUGAUGGUGUUGAAAGACUUGCUCUUGUUACCGGAGGUGAAAUUGUCUCAACUUUUGGUAAUCCUGACAAGGUUAAACUCGGUCAUUGUGAUCUAAUUGAAGAAGUUAUAAUUGGUGGUGACACUUUGCUUAAGUUUUCAGGUGUCCCUCUCGGUGAAGCCUGUACUAUUGUCCUUCGAGGAGCAACUGAACAGAUCAUUGAUGAAGCCGAACGAUCUCUUCACGAUGCUCUUUGUGUCUUAUCACAAACAGUCAAAUUCCCAAAGAUUAUCUAUGGCGGUGGAUCAAGUGAAAUGCUAAUGGCCAACGCUGUUUCCAAUCUCGCCUCUGAAACACCAGGUAAAGAGCAAUUUGCAAUGGAAGCUUUUGCCAAAGCUUUACGACAAUUACCAACUAUAAUCGCUGACAACGGAGGCUAUGACAGUGCUCAACUUAUCUCACAGCUGAGAGCACUUCAUCAACAGGGUAAAACUAGUUAUGGACUUGACAUGGAAAACGGAACAGUCGAAGAUAUGGAAAAAUUGAACAUUAUCGAAGCGGCUGUAGUUAAACGACAAGUUCUUCUCAGUGCCGCUGAAGCCGCUGAAAUGAUUCUACGAGUUGAUAAUAUUAUCAAAGCAGCUCCUCGUCAACGUGACCCAGACCGUCGUGGACAUUAAAUUGUCAUCUAAUCUAAUUAAUACCAAUCAAUAUAAAUAUUGAAGUAAACAUUUUCUCUACCAAUUAACCCAUUGAACUCUCUCUCUCUCUCUCUCUCACUCUUUCUAACCUCGAUAUCAAAUUGAUAAAUUAAAAAUUUUGAAUUAAAUUA